UUCUCUCAACCUGCUUGUUGUACGUGUAAACAUUUUCAUGAUGAUUCGUUAGCAAGUAUUCAGGAAAAAGGUAUUCAAGUCGAUCAUCGGAAUAAGUACGGUCUCGAGGAUGAUUCCUAGUCCAUGUUAAUUUCUUGUAACAUUCCUGGAAAAUCUCAUCCGAUGGCUGAUACAUGAUGCUUCCAUGGCCGUGAGCAUUCCUCUGUUGGUCUAUUGGCUUGCCUUAUCUGUGGAAGUCCUUCAAAGUUUUUCUCUGGCCCAUACGUUCUUCAAAAAGGAGACAACGGACGAAAGAAAGUACAAUCCGUUUGAUCAAAUAUGUUUAAAUUACUUGAUGAAAUAUGUUUUGUUUACCUCUUCUUAAGAAUUCAAACGAGUAGGAUUUUCGUAAUGUCAAACUUUAAAUUCGGAAUUGGUUGGGGUGCGCCUGGCCUGGGCAGUAGUGCAACGCCCAGGCGACACGUGAGGACCCCAGUGGCAAGCCACUGUGGUGGACCCUCCCCCACAAAAAAUAAAUUUAAUAUCGUUGUGGGCACAUGGCCCACAUAUCAGAUAUUAAACUGAUAAGAACAGAUACUACACUUGAUCUUAGCCAAAAGGCCGAGAAAGGUAUGAACUGGAACGCUGCCCUCCGGCUCUAUUUAUAGCUUCCCUCGACCGACUACCUCUUCUCCCCAGGCGAGGUGGUACUAAUCGAACAGCUGCUCGCUGCCUUCCUGGCUCUGCGCUUCCCGAUUACCUGAAACUCCAAAGCCCAGCAAGGAGAAAUAACAAAGGAGAUAACGCAUGUACGCGCUCCUUCCCCGCAAACUUCAAACCCCCCCCGCAGUUCUGCGCUCUCUUCCCCAACCCAAAACCCCUCGAAAACAACCCGCCAAUGGCGACAUUGCCGCCUGAGCAGCUCACUCUGGGAGAGGAGGCGGAGGAGGCGCGUGGGUUGCUCUACGAGGCUUACAACGAGCUGCAGCGCCUAGCCGCGGAGCUUGGCGGCGCGGCGGUGCCGGCGCCGGCCGUGGUGGUGGUCGGCCACCAGACGGACGGGAAGAGCGCGCUGGUCGAGGCGCUGAUGGGGUUCCAGUUCAACCACGUCGGCGGCGGCACCAAGACGCGCCGGCCCAUCGCGCUCCAUCUCCGUUUCAACCCGCGCUGCGACGUCCCACACUGCCGUCUCCUCGCCGGCUCGGGCGAGGGGGAUGCCGACGACGACGAAGACGGGGCCGUGGACCGCCCAAUGCCGCUCGCCGACAUCCAGGAAUACAUUGAAGCUGAAAACAUGAGGCUGGAGAAUGAUCCUUGCCAGUUCUCAGAGAGGGAAAUUAUAAUAAAGAUAGAAUACAAGCAUUGCCCCAAUCUCACCAUUAUUGACACUCCAGGCCUCAUCCUUGCAGCUCCUGGCCGUAAAAAUCGGGUUCUGCAGAGUCAGGCUUGUGCUGUUGAGGCCCUUGUUCGUGCGAAAAUUCAGCAUAAAGAAACCAUAAUUCUGUGCCUUGAAGACUGUAGUGAUUGGAGCAAUGCAACUACAAGAAGAGUGGUGAUGCAGGUUGAUCCUGAUCUUGCGAGGACAGUUUUGGUCUCCACAAAACUUGACACGAAAAUUCCACAGUUCGCACGUGCCUCAGAUGUUGAAGUGUUUCUUCACCCACCAACUUGUGUUCUAGAUGGUUCAUUGUUGGGAGAUUCUCCCUUUUUCACAUCAGUGCCUUCUGGAAGAGUUGGUUCUUGCCAUGAAGCUGUCUUCAGAUCAAACGAAGAGUUUAAGAAGGCGAUCUCACUGAGAGAGUUUGAAGAUGUUGCGUCUCUUGAAGACAAGCUAGGAAGGUCACUUACAAAGGAGGAGAAGAAUAGGAUAGGAUUGAGUAACUUAAGAUUAUUUUUGGAAGAAUUGCUGCAGAAGAGGUACAUUGAGAGUGUUCCAUCAAUUAUUCCACUUCUUGAGAAGGAACAUCGCGCUGCAACGAGGAAUUUGCGUAAAGUCACAGAAGAAAUCAGUGAUUUGGACGAGGCAAAACUGAAGGAAAAAGCUCGCCUGUUUCAUGAUUCAUUUUUGACAAAGUUAUCUUUGCUAUUGAAAGGCAUGGUGGUGGCACCUCCUGAUAAGUUUGGAGAAACUGUAAUUAACGAGAGGAUCAAUGGAGGAACAUUUACUGGGAGUGAGAAUUUCCAGCUCCCGAACAAGAUGAUGCCUAAUGCUGGAAUGCGUCUUUAUGGUGGUGCGCAAUACCAUCGGGCAAUGGCUGAAUUUCGUCUGGUAGUUGGAAGUAUCAAGUGCCCUCCAAUUACCAGGGAGGAAAUUGUCAAUGCUUCUGGUGUUGAAGAUAUUCAUGAUGGGACGAAUUACUCCAGGACCGCUUGUGUAAUUGCUGUCGCAAAAGCACGCGACACAUUUGAGCCGUUCCUUCAUCAGUUGGGUUUUAGGCUGUUGUACAUACUGAAGAGACUGAGUCCAAUCUCUGUUUUUCUGCUGGAGAAAGAUGGUGAGCACUUUAGCAGACAUGAUGUACUUGUGAAGCGUGUCCAAGCUGCUUUCAAUAGGUUUGCUGAAUCUACUGAGCAAUCAUGUCGUGAAAGAUGUAUGGAAGAUUUGGAGAGCACCACUCGGUAUGUUACUUGGUCCCUUCACAAUAAGAACCGUGCCGGAUUGCGACACUUCCUGGAUUCAUUUGUUGCACCGGAGCAGUUAUCUGCUAGCACACAUACAGCUGCCAACUCAGCUGGGCUGCACGAGCAAUCUUCUGGGUUGAAUGACAAUAAACAGGAUAAACCAAAAGGAGACUUGAAAUCUAGUCAUCCUUUGGACUCAAAUCCAUCAAGUGUUGUGUCAGAAACUAGGCUGGUUGAUCUCUUGGACAGCACACUCUGGAACAGAAGGCUGGCGCCCUCAUCUGAACGGCUUGUGUAUGCACUGGUUCACCAGAUUUUUCAUGGAAUCAAAGAGCAUUUCCUUGUCACUACAGAACUGAAGUUCAAUUGUUUCCUCCUCAUGCCAAUUGUCGACAAAUUGGCGGCUCUUCUAAGGGAAGACCUUGAAUCAGCUUUCGAAGACGAUCUCGACAGCAUCUUCAACGUCAACCAGCUGCGCCACUCUCUGGGGCAGAGGAAGCGAGAGCUGGAGAUCGAAUUGAAGCGGAUCAAGCGCUUAAAAGAGAAGUUCGGACAGAUAAAUAAGAAUCUCAAUUCUCUCCAGGUUAGGCAGUAAGUCACUCUGGUGGAAGAAGCUAGCUAGGACUAGGAAGGAGUCAGUCCAGGUAGAAUUGCAAUAAACCAAUGUUUCUCCUGUAGUACUAUGACUUCUUGUUGGAUCCUUUUUCAUGAGUAAAUAUGAAUCAUCCCCUUUGUGUGUUCUACUCAUCAA